AUUGAUGAUGUAACCACAUGUGAAUGGAAGCGAGGCUGCAGUAGCAGUGGGCAGAGUAGAGGAAUCAGGAUGGAUCCAAUUUCUCCUGAAGCCCAUGGAUGGUCUAUUCUUCAGAAGCUGAAUGAACAAAAAUCCAUGGGGCUUUUUUGUGAUGUCUCGUUAAUGGUGGAAGGUAAAAUAUUUCUUGCCCACAAAAAUGUCCUUUCUGCAUGCAGUGAAUACUUUUAUGCAGCACUGAGCAGGAAUGAGCAGCAGCAAUUCCUGGUUCUUGACAAUGUUUGCUUAGAAGGCUUUAGUCAUCUUCUGGACUUCAUAUACUCGUACAAAAUCCCCUCAUGUCAUGUACAAGACUUUAUGCAGGCUGCCCAAGUCCUUCAAGUUAGCUUGCCACUCACAAUAGAAGUUGUCAAUGUUUCCAGCAGCCCGCACACUAAUGCUCCAAAGGAGGAAAUUUGCAUUCCAGACGAGGAUUACGAUGUUCCUGACCAAAACGUAGAGAUAAGAGAAAUUGAGAGCCAGCCAUUAAAAAGAAAUCGUGAUGAUAACAUUUCUGGUGUCAACAGUUCAAUCUACAGUGAAGAGAGAAGAAGAUUUGAGACCGUAUCCCAGCUGAAAGACAAAGCCAAAAUGUUCAAAAGACCUGCAUUUUAUAAAGAUUCCUUUGCCAUCAGAAACCCAAACUACUUUAUCAGCAAACAAGUUGGCAAAAGUGCAAGGAUGGGAAGAGGAAACCCUGAAGAACCGAGAGAAAGCUCCUUCCACAACCCUGCUUUUGCUAGGCAGUUGCCUAUUACAAUUCACAAUGAUGGAUCUUCAGAGGAAGCAGAUGAUGAGGCAGCUGACAUUUGCAUUAAUUUAUGUGAUGAGCAAGAUACCCCUGAUAUUUUGGAGUCUCACACCAUUAAUGAUAUGAGAAUGCAGAAAGAAACUGUUAAGCCUAAAAUUUAUUCAACAAUUGUUGGUUUGCAGGGUGGUGGAGUAUUGGAACGAGUGGACAGUGAAGAAAGACAUUCAGAAGUGGUACACAAAUGUGAUAGGUGUGAUCUUCUACUUACCUACUCAGAGUACCUCAAUCACCAAGAUGAUCCAGGAGUGAACUUGCUUCAUUGUAACUACUGUGAAAAGCAGUUCAAUUACAGUUGCCAGCUUGCUCUGCACCAGUCCAGCCACCUUGACAAGAAGUUCUACCAGUGUGAGCAAUGUGGGAAGGAGCUAAGUACCCUCAAGAAAUUGCAUGAUCACAUUGCGUACCACUCGGAUGCCAGACCCCACAAAUGCCGACUUUGUGAUAAAGCCUACAAGGUGAAAAAUGACCUCACCCAGCAUGUCCGAGUGAAACACAUAGAAGCAGCCAAUGGAAAACCGCCAUUGCUUCAACUCUGUGAAUUUUGUGGCCAGGCUGUGAAACAUUACAAGAGCCACAAAAUUUUUUGCAGCGGAGUGAAGAAAUUUAAGUGUGACUUUUGUGUACAGUCAUUUCACCGUAUCUCUGAAUUAAAGAGGCACACAUGGACCCAUACUGGGGAACUACCAUAUCGGUGUAAAAUCUGUGGUAAAGGCUGCAGACACCCCAGUAACAUGAAGAAACACAUUCGUACUGUGCAUAAAGCAGACAUGCGUGUGCAGAUAAACCGUGAACAUGCGUCUCCAAGAUUCUGCAAGAAUAGGAGGAAUCCUGCAAAAUAUCCUGGACAGAUUCUGCAGCAGCCAUUGCCUAGCAACCACUCCAUGAUGCAGUCAAUCCCUGUUGCUGCUACUGAACCAGUUAUUCAGACUGACUCAUCUGUGUCUCCUGUGUCUUUGGCCUACCUAUCCAUGACUGCCACUGCUGAUCAUUCAACCAAUGAUUUUGCCACAUAUGAAUCUCAGAACACUUCCCCUGAGAUAAACAGGCCCCGGUAACACGGAGUUUAGUUUUUAUUAUUCAAUUUCUCACAUAUGAUGUAUUUAAACAAUAUUUAAAAUGUCUGAACCUACUGGUACAAUUGGUUACUCCCUUUGGAACUUUCCAAGAUUAUUGUGGCAAAUAAUUACAAUGACAGGUUUUGGGUGUGUUUCCAAUUAGUUUUGAGAAUCUCAAGAUAUAAAAUCAUGUAUUUUUCUUCAAAGAUGUAAAAUGUAAUUAUAAUUAACUGUUUAAAAAGCAAAGAGCCAAAGAGGUUUGAACUGAAGGUGGGUUUACUGAGAAAACCAGCACAGACAUUUUCAGUCGUUGUUUGCUCUUGUGUUCCUUGUAGCCUUCAUUGCCAAGUUCAAAAACUGUAAACAGUAUUUUGUAAAAUUAGUCCACUACUACACCCAUUUUUUAAGGCACUUUUUCUGUGAAUGUAUGUACUUGUGGAAUAUCAGACUAUUGUCAAUUUCUUUUGUGAAAGAUAUUGUAUGGUGCUACAUGCAAAACAAAAGUUACAUUUCUAUGCUUUGUAGAAGUUUGUUUUCAGUGGGUUGAAAAAUUUCAGCCAAAACUGUUGUAUGCUCCCCCACCCCUUCUCUUCUUGUCAUUGUGACAUUACGAGUUUUUAAUUGUUGGCAGCUCUUCACACAAAGCUCAUUGGGUAGUUUAGAAACAUUUUUGGUCCAGAUCACUUUUGUACUAAUCUUCCAUUAUUCAAUAAUACUGAAAUGUUUGAAAUUAUAGUAAUUACAUCCACUGAUAGGGCCAUAUCAAUUAGAUGCUGCUAUGCAGAAAAUUAACACAGUUGUCUACAGAGAUUAUUUCACUUGGUAAAUAUAUGUUUUUAAAUGUGAAGAGAAGGGACUAGAAGGUGGUGACUUAGACCCGCCCCCUAAUAUACCUAGUAUCCUUGAAGGGAGGGUAGCUCUUAGAGUAACUGGACAAGUGCCUAAUUAUAGAGCAAAAAAAGAGAGAACUAUUUAAACUUUAAUGGUCCCUCAAAAGGAACAAAAAUAAAAGUGAAAAAAAUGUGUACUAACUAAAUAGAUAAUAACUAACAAGACUUAAAAGAGACCAAACGUAUUUACAUUGUUAUAGAUCCGAUAUAUCCAAUGUCUAGCUCUACAUAGUAUGUUGCAAAGUGUUACAAAAAAGUAGAGAGUCUAAAUAAAUCAUUGGUGGGAUCUUAGAGGGGUAUAUAAAUCGGCUACAUUAGAGUGAGGAGAUUUAGCUGUUAUUAACCCUCAAGGGUAUACAGAGACAGUGUUAGGUGAACGGCUAUUUGUGGCAAUAUGUGGUAAUAGUCCCUGAAUUCUAUCGAGAAUAUUAGAGCGAAGACCUGUAAGCCACAAUUAAAAUACCCGGUAAAAUAGUAAGUAGAUAUACCAGUCUGAAAGAGGGUAGAGGGUCAGUAAAUGAACCACUGCAAAUAUGAGCGCAUAGUGACCCAGUUGGUAGCCGAGGUGAUUGCCUUAGGGUGUAGUUACUUAGUAGCCCCAAAGUCUCUACUUGGGACCGAGAUAAUGUCUGAGGAUCUCGGAAUAGAAGUAAGUACAACCAUAGAUUAGAUCACCCCAAUUCCACCAUUAAAUAGCUGGUAUUCGUCUAGAGGCAGGUACACCUCAAGCGGACAAGUUGCAAAAUUAUAAUUUAGUAGGCGAAAGCUGCUAAAAGUAUAUGGACUUUGUAGCCAACGAAUCCUACUUAGGACCGAGACAUAUAUCUAAGUGUCUCGGAUAGUAAAGCGGUACAUGCAGCCAAAAAAACCCAAAUCCCACCAUACAGAAGCCAAUGUACGUCUAGAGACGGGUAUAACUAAGUGGAAAGUGGCUUAAAACCUUCAUAAAUAGCUCCCUGUAAUACUGUGAGGGAUGUCCCUAACCGCAGAGUAAAGACUAGCACUGGCAUUGCAGCCAACGAAUCCUGCUUAAGAUCGAGACUUAUAUCUGAACGUCUCGGAUUAUGAGGCAGUAUGUACAGCUAAACCCUAGAGCACCCAAAUCCCACCAUAUAGAUGCCAAUAUGCAUCCAGAGACAGGUAUGAAUAAUACUAUAAGGAAUUAGGGGGAAGGGUGUCCCUAACGGAAGGUAGCAGAGAGAAGGCUAACACUGUCUAAAUCCUUAUGGAGAUCCUAUCAAAUAGAGAGAGAGGAGAGACUCUAAUGGUCUAAAUUUAAAGUAAUAAUAAUCCGCAGUACGGGAAGAACUGGCUCAACGCACGUUUCGGCGAACCAUAUCGCCUUUGUCAAGAGCUGACUGCAGGCUUACACGCUCCUCUUUUUAAACCCACAAUGGGGUACGCCCAUCAGGAGUGACGUCAUGUGGCGCCCGUGAAUCAAAUUGAUGAGGGGGCGUGUUCACUAAUGGAACGGAGGGCAUGAU